AUGGUUCAAGGGCAGACUGACACCGGCGAGAAGUACAAGCCCAGCGAGCACGGCGGUCGCCGCGAAGACGGCCAGCCUGACAAGCGCACCCAGCAAUCCCAAUUCGCCUACGGGAAGGUUGACCCUCAGAAGGCCGGUCAAGAAGGUGGGAGAGUUGGUGGUAUUGCCAGUGGGAAGCCUCAAGACGCCGGGGAUAAUUAA